AUGUUUCAUGAACGUCGUUUUUUGGAUAAUGUUCGACAGCUACGUGAUGACAAUGUGUUUCACGUUCAACGCCCAGUUCCGCACGUUAGCGGACGGUUUCGCAACCAUCGGCCAUCGGCACGCCAAAGGUUCGUUUCCGGACGUUUACACGUUACUUCUUCAUUAAUAUAUUUUAGAGAUGCUCAUAUCAUACAAAGUGAUAAAAAUUAUAAAUUGCAUUGUUAUAAUGAACUAAUCAACCACAUACGAGAUAAUCAAAAAAUAAUGAAAAAGUAUGAUGAAUUUUUUGACGUAAUGGGAUUUGGGAUACUAUUUCAAAUAAUUAGUGGUUCAUAUACAGUGAUAACAUUAAUAUUUCUCACUUCAUUGACGUAUCUUAUGGGUUUUUCACUUUUAUCCGAACCUGUUUUAAAAGCAUUCUUUGGUUUUUUGUCAAUUACUUUUCAACUAUUCUUGUAUUGCUAUGUAUUCAACCAUUUAGAAACCGGAAAAUCUUCAGUGAAUUUUGGAUUGUACAGUAGUAAUUGGACUGCAAUGGAUUUAAAAUUUAAAAAGAUUUUGUUAAUGGCCAUGAGCAUGAAUUCAGCUCACAGACGAGCGAUGAAAGUGUCACAAAAGUCUAUCGUAAAUCUAGAAAUGUUCGCCAACAUUAUGAACAUGUCAUAUUCCAUAGUUUCAGUAUUAUUAAAUUCUAGAACCACAAAAUAAAUCGUACUAGUUUAUGAAUUCAAUUAAUA